AUGGGCAACAAAGUAUCUCCGAGUGAAGACUCUUCAACACGCAUGGAGUGGAUGUGGCGAUCGAAUUCAGAUCCGUUGUGCGAGUCGCAGGUAGCUGAAUGGAAACGCUUUUCUGACGUGGAAAAUCUCAUUAUAGAAGAAGCAUUCAAAGCCAAACAGUCUGAAGUCUUGCUUGAUGAUUUCUGCAUUGAUUUCAAACAGAGCGUUCAAAUAUCUACGAAUGAUAAGAGUAGCCAACGAUGUAUAAAAAGGCAAGUAAACAAGAGAGACAAUACAAACUUACGGGAAGAUCGUUUCAUGCCUGAUCCCAUUUCUCCAAAACGUUCAUUCGGGCUAGCAGACGUAACUUUGCCUUCACAAGACGAUCCAAUUAUUCCAAUAAUCGUUGAGAAAGCUGCUCUUGGCAUCAUUGAAGAAGGGAAUACACUAGGAUAUCAUUCUGUAGCCGAGUGGAUGGCUAAAGAACUGAUCAACCAGAAAGAUAAGGGAAUGAAAGAAGUGUGGAUAUGUUGCGCUCGUCUUUACUCAAUGGAAGAAUUUUUGUACAAGAAGUUGAAUGAGAUAAUGAGAUUAAUAGGAAACCAGAACCAUGAAGAAGUUUGGCGUAGUAAAGUUCCAACACUGGGACCAUUUUGUUUCCUUCUUUGGAAUGAUCCAAUCAACAAAAGUCCAAAUACGACAAGAAAAAUACUAUACCGAGCAGCCAACUUGAGCAACGCUCAACUCGAUAAUUAUUGUGAGUUGAGUCAAAAUCCCGAUCAAUAUCGCUCAUUCCAAGCGUUCACCUCUUGCAGCCGAAACCGUGCCUCAGCAGAGCGAUUCGGCUCCACUUUAUUCAUUAUGGAAGUGGAGUAUGCUUUCACUGCAGAUAUUCAAAGAUUUUCCAAGUAUCCAGAAGAAGAAGAAGAACUUUUGUUUCCUGCUGUUUGUUUCACAGUUAAACGUGUAGAGUAUGAUAAAACGAAGAACCAAAAUUUGAUCUACAUAAUAUUAAAGCAGCGCUUUGAUGGUGAGUAUGAGCUAACGUUAAGCAACGUUCCAUGA